UCUCAAAAUACUCUUCGUGCAACAUUCCUGAGCUCAAAUUUGAUGGAAGUUGUUGCUAUUCGUAACUUCAACCCCAUUUGUUUGCUCCCCAAGCUAUCCAGGUUAUGUUUUCCCUGAACUUUCUGCAAUUCCCGUAUCAAAUUCUUGUAAUUCGAUCAAGGAAAUCAACUGGGUUUUUUGUUUGAUUAGGGUUCUUGAACGUAUGCGUAUCUAUCUCAUUUCGCUUGGUUUCAGUUUCCAUAUGUGUCAAGUAUCAGGCACAUAUAAAUGAUUUCUCAAUCAUCGUCAACAAGCUCUGAAUUCUCACAGAUUUUAUGGGCCCCAUCACCUCCAAUUUGCCCAUGUAAGAGAAGAACUCAAUCGGGUUCAUGUAGUUCAAAAACAGGUAAUAGCUUAAUUAGUAGGAAUAGGGUUUCUAAGAGAAGAAAAUUUUCUCUAAUUUGGGUUCGCGUGGUUCCCAGUGAUGGAAGGAUACAUAAAUUUAACUUAGAGUUUGUGAAUUCCACCAAAAGGGGUGCUAAAAACUAUGUUGUCAAGCAAAUUUCGAAUGAAUUGGUUGAAGGUGGUGAUGAUUCAUUGUCUGAAAGUUCCAUUCCAAUGGGGUCUUCCAAUAACUUUACCAACUUCAGAGAAGACCCCAUUGUAGAUAAGCUCAGGACUCAACUUGGAGUUAUACACCCUAUCCCUUCACCACCUAUUAAUCGGAAUAUUGUUGGAUUAUUUGUAUUCUUUUUCUUUGUUGGAGUUGUGUUUGAUAAGGUUUGGACAUCAAGGAAAAAGAACAAAUCAAGGGAUGAAGGGACACCGGGGAUAUGGCCACAGGUUCCUACGAGCUUUUCUUUGUUUCUUGAGAAGGAUUUGCAGAGAAAAGAGUCUGUGGAGUGGGUGAACAUGGUGUUGGGGAAGUUGUGGAAGGUUUAUAGAGGUGGGCUCGAGAAUUGGGUAAUUGGGUUGCUUCAGCCGGUCAUUGAUAACCUACAGAAACCUGAUUAUGUGGAGAGAGUUGAAAUAAAACAGUUCUCAUUGGGUAACGAGCCAUUAUCUGUUAGGAAUGUUGAACGCAGAACUUCUCGCCGCGUCAAUGAUUUACAAUACCAAAUAGGACUCCGUUACACUGGUGGUGCCCGUAUGCUUUUAAUGCUAUCGCUAAAAUUUGGCAUCAUUCCAAUCAAGGUGCCUGUGGGAGUUCGUGAUUUUGACAUUGAUGGAGAACUGUGGGUUAAACUGCGGCUGAUUCCAUCAGAGCCGUGGGUGGGAGCUGUAUCAUGGGCUUUUGUCUCACUUCCAAAAAUAAAAUUUGAAUUGUCGCCAUUUCGAUUGUUUAAUCUAAUGGCCAUUCCCGUGCUUUCCAUGUUUUUGACAAAACUUCUGACGGAGGAUUUGCCACGGUUAUUUGUUCGUCCCAAGAAGAUUGUACUAGACUUUCAAAAGGGAAAAUCUGUUGGCCCGGUCCGAAAUGAUUUCAAGACAGGAGAAAUGCAAGAAGGAAACAAAGAUUUUGUUGGCGAACUAUCAGUCACUCUUGUCGAUGCUCGGAAGCUCUCUUAUCCCUUUUAUGGAAAAACGGAUCCGUACGUUGUACUAAGGUUGGGAGAUCAAGUAAUACGUAGCAAAAAGAACAGUCAAACAACUGUCAUUGGACCCCCUGGUGAGCCAAUUUGGAAUCAGGAUUUUUACAUGCUAGUUACAAAUCCUAGAAAACAGAGAUUGUCGAUUCAAGUAAAGGAUUCUCUUGGAUUUGCAGAGACGAUUGUUGGCACAGGAGAGGUUGAUCUGGGAUCUUUGAAAGACACAGUACCGACCGACAAAAUUGUGGCCCUCCAAGGAGGUUGGGGACUGUUCAGAAAGAAAUCUGCCGGAGAGAUCUUACUCCGAUUGACAUAUAAAGCGUAUGUUGAAGAUGAAGAGGACGAAAAGGUCGAGGCCGUGGCUACGGAUAUCGAUGCAUCAGAUGAUGAAAUGUCCGACUUAGAAGAAGCUGCUGCUACGUACGGGCAGCGCGUAAGUGAUUUCUCGAGUGGAACCAGCAGAGAAGCGUUCAUGGAUGUUUUAGCAGCGUUACUCGUCAGUGAAGAAUUUCAAGGCAUUGUGGCUUCCGAAACAGCAAAUGCUAAUUUUUUCACUGAUGUCACAAACUCGGAGUCAACAGAGAGAUCCCGUAGUGCUGUUGCAGCACCCGACCUUCCGAAUUCCGACAGCGUUUCCCGAGGAUCAGUCUUGUUUUGGCUUGCUGUGAUCACAAGUAUCUCAAUAGUUAUAGCAAUCAAUGUGGGUGGCUCGAGUAUUUUCAAUCCCUGAUGUGAUGCAAAAAGCUUCGUUUUUUCUAGGAAUUCGAAACUUAUAAGGAGAGAAUGUUUCGUUUGGCGGCUGGAAUUGAAUAAUUUCUGUGAUUAUUUUGGUUAUAUGUGAUUUUUUGUCACUAUUUUUGUUCUUACAUAUGGUAUUUAGUAUAGAGGUCUUGCCAAAAUGAAAGCAACUUCCAAAUC